AUGGACAACAUGUCGAUCACUAGACUGAAGCUCCUGGCCCUCCUGGCAUUCCUCCUGCUGGGAAUCGGCGGCGUUCAGGCCAAAUACGGGGACUUGGCCGGCAAUUGGCUGGUGGAUUACGGCCAGGCCGAGCUCCGUGUUUUCAGCGAUGGAAGCGAGCAGCUUCAGCUGCACAUUUACAAUGUCCAGCCCCAGGAUGCCGCCUUGGACUACCAUUUUGUGGUGCGCUCAAGCGACGAGCUGAGGGCCCUGGCAAACAGGACGGUACCCCGUCAGGAUUUCAAUGCCAGCGGCAGUUGGUUGGGGACGGUGGAAGUGACGGGCAAACGUUUCGGUUAUAGCGAGCUGCUGGUGGAGCUGCACACCGCUGGCGGCGCAAUCGAGUCAUUCCCCCAGCCACUGCCCAUUGCGGUGUUGCGGGAUCGCGUUGUCGAUGAGCGCGUAACCACAUAUGUGUCGGCGGCUCUCGCCCUGCUGAUGUUCCUCAAUCUGGGCACCGUGCUGGACCUGCAACGCCUGCAGGGCAUCGUGUGCCGGCCCGUGGGUCCUGUGGUGGGCAUCGUCAGUCGUUUCGUGCUAAUGCCAGCCCUGGGCUUUGGCCUAGGCCGUGCCCUGUGGCCGGGGCAGCAGCCCCUCCAGCUGGCCCUCUUUUACACUGCUCUGGCACCCAGCGGCGGUCUGGCCAAUGUGUGCGCCGUUUUCCUCAAGGGGAACAUCAACCUGUCGAUUGCCACCACCACCAUCAACAGCCUGCUAGCGCUGGCAUUUAUGCCGCUGUGGAUCAUGGUCCUGGGCCGGCUCGUCUACGAUGACGAUGAACUGACGGUGCCCUUCGGUCAGCUAUCUGGCGGCGCGGCGGCUCUGGUAGCCUGCCUGGCCAUUGGCCUCCUGCUGCGCCUCUGCGUGCCAAAGACGACGCUGUUUAUCUUCCGCUUCCUCAAGCCGCUCUCGGUGGUGCUCAGCCUGUGUCUGGUGGGGCUGACGGUGGGCCUCAAUUGGUUUGUCUUUGCCGAGUUCACCUGGCAGGUGCUGGUGGCUGCUCUCUGCCUGCCCGUUGCCGGCUAUCUGGCCACCUACUUGCUGUCCAAGCUGCUCUGCCGCUCGCCCACCGAUGCCCUGACACUGGCCAUCGAGACCAGUGUGCUGAACAUGACCAUGCCCAUUGUCCUGCUGCAGGCCAGCCAGCUGGAGCAGCCGCAGCUGGAUCUCAUCCUGGUGGUGCCCAUUGCGGCAUCGCUACUCUCCCUAGUGCUCGUCAUCGUCUUCUAUGGGGUGCGCCGCUGCCUCGGAUGGAAUGUGCGCCAGGAUGAGCACGCCUUCGAUCACAAACAGCUGAUGGCUGAGCACGACGAGGCCGUCUAUCAGCGGCCUUGAGAGGCGUCGCUUCCGCUCCACUC